AUGUUCAAGUCCCCCAAAUCCCUUCAAUUAUACAGUAUAUUUUUGAUUAAUACCACUCUUGGCGACUUGGUUUUUGCGGUUUCUUGUACUUUGGCACAGAUACGAAUAAUCCCAAAUAAAUGGGCAUUUGCCUAUAUUUCCCUUGGUCCAGCUGGAUGGAUUGGAGGUGCUCAAGGAGGUUAUUUGGCAUACUGUGUGAUGCUCCACUCUCUGUUCUAUAUGUUCCUUUGUUUUCCAAUUAGCUUCGGAUUCCGAUAUUGGAUCUUGAUUCGUCCGGCUCCUGAGCAAAAGUCCUGUAUUAUUAUGUGUUUUUGCCUUUGGCUGGUGGCAUUUGCGCAACAUAUUUGCUUCAUUUUCUCGGAAUCGCCUCCAGACGAGAUAACGACUUAUCUGAAACAGAACAAGCCAUUUUAUAAAUUGGACCAUUUUUUCAUUUCUGGAAAUCAUAUGAUCAAUUCUCCACUGACUUCUGUCACUUUGGCGACAAUUGUCCUUCCAAUGUUCCCAAUUUAUUGUUUGGUGAUUUUCUUCUACAAAAAAGUGCACAAUUACCUGCUGCAUAAUAAAACGACAAUGUCCGAGGGAACCGAAAAAGGCCAUCGUAAACUGAUCCAGGUUCUCACUAUUCAGGCGUCGGUCCCAAUAUUCUUUGUUUUCCCGCCAAUCACUUUAUACGGACUUUAUCAUUUGGAAUUCAUUGAUGUCACUGUAGCGGAAUACUUGGUUUACACACUUUUUAGCGUGAUUCCACUGAUUCAACCAAUCAUCACAAUGUACUACAUCAAACCGUAUAACCAUGGGUUCCGUCGAAUCUUCUGUAGAUGGAUGAUCCGUCCGAUUCCGACGAAAUCGCUGACUACAGUAUACGGAGAACGCGAAACGCACUAUUCUUCGACACGAUAUGACUGA